AAACGAAACUUAACUCUGACUAUAAGUUGCAGCACAUAGCUUCAGCUCUCACAGUCACAACAGGGGACAAUUAACAGACAUGUGCAACUCCACUAAAACAGAGAUGGAACGAGAAAGAGGAAGGACUCUGAGUAUUCUGUUCCUGUUGACACUCUGUCUACAAGCCUUCACUGGUCAAUGCCAAGAUUCAGGGCAGCCCUCUGACCUGAGGAUAGUUCUGAUAGGGAAGACUGGAUCAGGGAAGAGUGCAACAGGAAACACCAUCCUGGGGAGAAAGGUGUUUAGAGAAGACCUCUCCCCUGAGUCUGUCACUGUUCACUGUGAGAAACAGAGUGGGGAGGUGGAUGGGAGGAAGAUUGAUGUCAUCGACACCCCGGGGCUCUAUGACACAACAAUGUCUAAAGAAGAGAUGAAAAGUGAGAUAGAAAAGGCCAUCUACAUGUCAGUCCCAGGACCCCACGCCUUCCUGCUGGUGAUCAGACUGGGGAGGUUCACAGAGGAGGAGAGGGACACUGUGAAGUGGAUCCAGGAGAACUUUGGAGAAGAAGCAUCAAAGUACACCAUCAUUCUGUUCACUGAAGGAGACCAGCUGGAGGACAUAUCAAUGGUGGACUUUCUAAGUGAGAGUGAGGAGCUUAUGAAACUCGUCAAUGUCUUUAAGGGCAGAAAUCAUGUCUUCAAUAAUAAAAAGAAGAAUGACAACACUCAGGUCACAGAGCUGCUGAAGAAGAUAGAUGAGAUGGUGAAAAAGAAUGGAGGACAACACUACACCAAUGAGAUGUACCAGGAGGCCCAGAGGAAGAUCGAAGAGGAGGAGGAGAGGAAGAAACAGGAAGAGGAGAAGAGAGAACAGCAAGAGAAAGAGAAACUGGAGGCGGAGAUCAGGAAACGGGAAGACAAGGUGAGAGAGGAGGAGAGGAAGAAACAGGAGGAGAUCAGGAAACAGGUAGACAAGGCGAGAGAGGAGGAAAGGAAGAAGGAAAAGGAGAGACAAGAGGAGAUGAGGAAGAAGAAGUCAAAUGACCUAUGGGGAAAGGUUUUGGGAUUGUUAGUAACUGUUGCCACAGCGGUGGUAGCAGGACCAGCAGCAAUUCCAGUUGGAGUUGCUGUACUUGCAAAAGAGGUAGCUGAAGAUGCAGUUGAACAUUUUCAAGAUUCUCAGUAAGUAAAGAUGAGGAAGAGGUGGCAGUGUGAAGUACCACUCUCUUCCUCAUCUUAAUGUCAAGUAGUAGCAGUAGAUGAAUCCUUUACAAUGACAACCAUCAGGGAUUGUUCAACACUUUCUAAUAUGAUCAGUUAUUUAACAUGUUUAUUAUUCAGAGGCUCAGGGAUAUAACAUCAGAAAAAAUGUGUACUCCCUCUAUCCUCACUCCCUGGUCUGUGUCCUUCCUCCCUGGUCUGUGUCCUUCCUCCCUGGUCUGUGUUCU